AUGAGUGCUCAUCAGCAGAAGCAGCCUUGCACCCCUCCCCCUCAGCCUCAGCAGCAGCAGGUGAAACAGCCCUGCCAGCCACCACCCCAGGAAUCAUGUGUCCCCAAAACCAAUGAGCCAUGCCACCCCAAAGCUCCAGAGCCCUGCCACCCCAAGGCUCCAGAGCCUUGCCAUCCCAAAGCACCAGAAUCCUGCCACCCCAAGGUUCCUGAGCCAUGUCCCUCAACAGUCACCCCAGCACCAGCUCAGCAGAAGACCAAGCAGAAGUAAUGGGGUCUACAGCCAAGCAAGCCCUUGGGGAGCUGACCACCGGAUGCUGAAUCCCCUCUCACAUUCUGCUUCUAUGCCUUCUUUACAAUUAGCAUGCUGCCACUCUGAGUCAUAACCCUCCCUCUUUGCACCCUCUACAAAGAUUUCCCUCACACUGCUCUGGAGGGCUCCGAGCCUCUAAAUGACGCUGAGAGUCUCACUGGCUGAGCUACUUUUCUAACUUCUCAGGGCUCAUCUAAAGAGAGGUUUGGGGGAUCAAGUGGAUCUUUCCUGCCCUGCCCCCAUUAAAUCACU